UGGAGAAGCUGUGUCCUAUGCCUUUGGCUGGCUGAUUGCCAUCCUUCCUGUAAUCACCCUCAGCUCAGAUUACUUUAAACCAGGCCUCUCCAAUAUAAUGAGAACUGGAAAGCCCUAGCCCACAAACAGGGCAGGUGGAGAGCUGCCUCAGUCAGCACUCUUGUGUAUGAUCUCCAAAGGGCAGUUAACUUAGUUGUUUUUGACAGAAAAUUCUGGAGAAACUGCUGAUCAACUUGGGAGCUGGAGAAAAUACAUGAGUAGGUUUACAGGUUGCUAUUUAUAGCAUUGUGCUGUAUUUCUUGUAUAGCUAUGGCUUCUGUAUCCAUAGCUGGCUGCCUACUGACCCAAAAUCAGUAUUAUAGAAAAUCCAGUAUUUCUUCAGUAAAUUCUUUCUCUGGCUCUGACUCUCUAAACUUCACAGACACAGAGAAAGUCAAUCAAGCAUUACCUGAAGCAGCUGAAUCAACCUGGUGGUUCAAAUCCUUUUUUCAUUCAGAUCCGGUUCCCCCAGAUAUAGAAAAGAAAGAUCUGUUUGUUAAUAGCAUUCAUAAUUAAUUCCAACAAUCAAGCCGCCUCUGCCUGUAUCCUGUAAUGCAUUCAUAUCUCUAAACAUUAAUGAUAUUCCAGAUGGCCAUGAUACAUGGCAGUUUGGCAGUAGCCUAUUUGAAAUAUCAAUUGGGAGAGAUUUCGCCAUUUGAAGAUACAAUGUUAAUUCAAGUCAUCUUAUUCUGUGCUAAGUUGUCUAUCAACAUGUCAUUGGCAACAUGAAGAACAGUGAUCCUCCUUGAGAAGUGUACUUUUUAAAACAUGUGCCUUUUCAAAUGUAUAUAUUACAUAUGUAUGUAUACCCUUAUAUAUAAUAAUUCAUUCAAGUUGUCUAUUGAUUAUUUAUAUGAUUAUCUUAUAGGUUGAUUUUGUGGUUGUUUUUAUUAGAUUGUAAGUUAAGGAAAAGACUCCUCUCAAUUUAUCUCAAUUUAAGACUGAAGUGUUAAUGCUUACAUUAACUCAAAUGCCCCCUUCCUGCUCCCACACGUCAAAUGACUUUCUUGAAUAAUGCUCAUUAUAUCCAUCUGGAAGAUCUUUCAAAGAAGGUCAGAGAGAAGGUCAGAUAUUUUGGGAACUUCACUCACACAGAAGAGAUGUCAAUACAUUCUUGUGCAUACAAUUUUGUAUUUUAAAAACUUUCUUUAAAAUAUAUAAAUAUAUAAUAAAUUUCUUAAAAUAUAUAAAAUAUAUUUGCCUAGUAACACAUUUGUCUAGUUGAGGUAAGUUGAGGCAGUCAUUUCAUUUUGUCACUGGAUAGUGAUAUCUAAAGUGGCGAUCUAUCGUGACCAAAUUCAUAGGCUAAAUCAUUCAUUUCUGCAUCCACAGAGAGAAUGCCAUUUGCCUAUCACUAAGUGAGGGAGAAAAUUGAGUCUAUCAUCCCAUAUGCAAUGGCUGUUCCCAUGCUUUAAUGCUCUCUUUCCUAGUCUCUGCCCCUUGGAAUCUUUGGUUUCCUUCAGUGCUUAACUUAAAGGACCACCUUUUGCAUGAGAUCUUUCCUAGUCCCCUGCUGCUGCUUAGUGCUUUCCCCUACAAGAUUAGCUUGUAUCUGCGUUUUGUGUGUGUGUGUGUGUGUGUGUGUGUGUAUUUGUGUGCAUUUUAUAUAUACAUAAAUAUGUAUGUGCAUGUUAUUUUCUCCUUUAGAAUGUAGACUACAUUAAAGGCAGAGACAUGUGUUUUUAUCUGUAUUGCUAGAGGCUAGUGUAGUGCCUGCCUGGCAUUUAGUAGAUAUUUAAUAAAUGCUUGCUGAGUGAUUCAUUAAUUUACGUUUUGGCUGAGGGUUUUUUUUUUUUUGUUUGUUUAUUUGUUUUUGCUAAGAUCUAUAUAAAUUAAAGGAACUUGUAAUUUUGUCUGGAAUCUUUUGGAUAAUUGCGAGGAAUGUCUACUUUACCUUGCAUGUAUAGGUGUGUUUUGAGAGACAGAGGCCUUUUAGGCAGUCCUUACCUCGCUUUGUUUGUGUCUAAAAUACAAAUUACUGGUAAUUGUGCCUUAUGUUGUAAGACAGUAGAAAGGUUUUUCUUAUUAAUUAUUUUGUUUGUUUAUAUUUAGUAUUGGAAUUAAUUUUUCUGUGUAGUAAUUUAAGGGAGAAAAAUCUACAAAUAAAUCAAAUGAGUUUCUGCUUCAUAUUUUUUUCUUUGCUAUUUGAUAUAUAGAGAAAGAAAAAUGUUGUCAGAAUACUUGCUGAGUUAUUUGGUAAAUAUAUAGAAAUCAUAUAGAGCCUACUUUUUACCUUUGCUAAUUUUAAAAGUUAUUCUAUUUCCUUUGUUUAAUGUUUAAUUUUUGCAGAAUGAAAAAUUUUAUAAUUGUGUGUGCAUGAUACAUCAUACUGAUUUUAUAUGUUAAAAUUCUUCAUUGUGAAAUGGGUAAUUAUUUAUAAUUAAAGUAAUUUUCUGAUCAUACUUUUGCGUCUAUUGUCAUGAUAAAAAUUUAGCAUUAUCAAAAUCUGAUCAACUAUUAAAUAAGUUCUUAGGAUCACAGAUUCCAAGCUGGAUCCUAAGCUAGAAAGGAUAACAGAAUAACUACUCAUUUUUUUCACAGAUAAGGAAACUGAGGCACAUAGACCACAAAGCAAGUCAAAUUUGAAAUUAGAUCUUCCUGAUUCAAAGUCCAAUACUUUAUAUACUAUAAUAUGGUUCUUCUUAAUUCUUUUUUUUUGGGGGGGGUGAGGUGGAGGUGUGGGGAAGAUAUAACACUGAUUGUAAGUAAAAGGAAUUUCUUGGGUUAACUUAAAAAGUGUUCAUGUAAUUCAUUCAAUUAAUUAUUCAACAACUAUUUAUUGUAUGAACUAAACUCCCAUAAUGAUGAGGUAAAAGGCAUUCUAUCCUGAGUUUCAAAUUCAUGCAAUGAAUAAAAAGAGGAAACUUUUUUUUUUAAAGAGAGAAAAUCAAGGCAGCUCUUAAUUUAAUUCAACAAUAUUUGUGGAAUAUUUGCUGUUGAUUAUUAGAGAAAUUAUGAAACUCAUGUUGCCUAUUUGAGUUGGUGUCAGAGCUUGGAAAAACAACCAAUGUUUCCAAUACUCUUCCUAAGAAACAAGUGGAAAAAUCUUGGACUCUGCAGUAGCAUAGGGGAAGCUGGCUCACCAACACAUCUCAGAUGUCCAGCUUGUUUCCUAGAAACUUCAAAGAAUUUCUGAGAGUGGGGCUUUUUCUUUGUUAAACUGGGAUCUUUUCUUUUUCUUUUUUCCUUUUCAAGAGUUUGUUCACUCAUUUGUAUUUUCUGAAAUACUCAAAUCAUUAUGAAUUCUCCAAAUUGUAUUUCCUAUAAAAUUAGAUAAAGAGGUUUAUUUUUAUAUUAGUCAUUUGUGAUGUUUUUUUAUUAGAAUCACUUUUUGGUGGAAAGAAGUUACACUGGAGAGAA